UACCAGCCUAAGUGUGCAUGCGUGAGGUUGAGUCCGGGGUGGGGAGAGAGAGGCUAGGACGCGAGGUAGCAAGGGGAAGAAAGAAAAGUUUCCCGGCUCAAAAGGAUACAAAGCUUUACGCUGGAGCCACUCACUCACGAUCCGCUGACGGCGCCGCAGCAGGAGCAAACGGGACUUUGUCGACUCUCUGCGCAGGUCAAGAUGAGCUGCAGGAAAAGGUGCAAGCGGGAGAUUUUCAAGUUCGCCCAGUACAUGUUCCGUCUUGUCACCGGCUCACUGAACACUGAUAGUGUUGAAGAUGAGCUCGAACUCUCCGCUGUUCGCCAUCGCCCCGAGGGAUUGGGACAACUGGAGGCGCAGACGCGAUUCUCCCGCAAGGAGCUGCAAAUCCUCUAUCGCGGCUUUAAGAAUGAGUGCCCGAGUGGAGUGGUCAAUGAAGACACCUUCAAGGACAUUUACUCCCAGUUCUUCCCACAAGGAGAUGCCUCAACGUACGCUCAUUUCCUGUUCAACGCCUUUGACACCGAUCACAACGGCUCUGUGAGUUUUGAGGAUUUUGUCAUGGGUCUUUCCAUCCUUCUGCGAGGCACCAUUCAGGAAAAACUGAACUGGGCGUUCAACCUUUACGACAUCAACAAAGACGGUUAUAUCACUAAGGAGGAGAUGCUGGACAUCAUGAAGGCCAUCUACGACAUGAUGGGCAAAUGUACGUACCCCGCACUCAGAGAGGAGACGCCACGUCAACACGUGGAAAUAUUCUUUCAGAAGAUGGACAAGAACAAAGACGGCGUGGUCACUAUUGACGAGUUUAUCGACUGCUGCCAAAAUGAUGAAAACAUCAUGCGAUCAAUGCACCUCUUUGAAAAUGUCCUUUAAAAACUAUUUUUUUCGUGGAAUUGACAAACUUCUGGGACUGGUGCAUAGCGUGCUAUGCAGACAUAGUCAUCCAUUAAAUAGAAUAACCUGUUGUUCCUUACUGUGGAGGACACUCUGGAAGCAUCAAAUGGUCGUUCUUACUGCCAGGUGAUAUCACUGUGACUUUUAGACAAAAAACAAAAACCAUCAUUCCAUACUAUGUAGAAUAUGCCAGAGUGUCCCACUUCUUUUUAAAGGAUAACAUGUGAAUAUUGAGUAUAGAUACUGUAAGUGAAUGAUGGAAGGAAUCAUGUUGACCUGCCAACUAAAAGACAGCAAAGGACUUCCACACGGGCACACAAGGUAGCUUACAUUUAUUGUAUGCCGAAUAUGAGAUAAUUCUGCUUUUUAGGUGUUUUCUUUAUCCUCUGUUGGUCUUCCGGAAAGUAUUCACAGCGCUUUACUUUUUCCCCAUUUUGCUAUGUAACAGCCUUAUUCCAAAAUGUAAUACAUUUAAUUUUGUCCUCAAAUUUCGACACGCAAUACCCCAUAAUGACAAUGUGGGGAUAGGUUGAUUGGCAACACUAAAUCGGCCCUAGUGUGUGAAUGUUGUCUGUCUAUGUGUGUUGGCCCUGCGAUGAGGUGGCGACUUGUCCAGGGUGUACACUGCCUUCCACCCGAUUGUAGCUGAGAUAGGCGUCAGCGCCCCCCGCGACCCCAAAAGGGAAUAAGCGGUAGAAAAUCGAUGGAUGGAUGUAUAGUUUUUAUCAGUUAUUUCUUCAGUUUAAAAGCAUAAUGUACACAGAAGUUCUAAGUCUCUGCAUAAAGCCAAAUAUUGUUCAAAUAAAUUAUUGCAUAUUGUUUAAAACAAAAUGCAAUAAUUUAAUCUAAAAGUAACAUUUUGGCUUUCUAUUUAUUCUUGCAGUUUUAUUCAUAUAUAUGUAUAACAUGUAAAAGUCUCGAAUGAAAUCGUAAUUUUAGAGAAAAAAAAAGGGAAUUAGUUUUUUUCUCAAAUCAUGUAACACUAAUAUAGACGUGUGUGGCUAUCCAAAACGUGUCCAAUCAACUGAUUGUACUACAGGUGGAAUUAAUUAAGCUGCAGUUGAAAGAGGACGCACCUGAGCUCACAUUUGAGCUUCACGGCUAAGGCUGCAAAUACUUAUCUACAUGUGAUUGUUCUUUUUCAUUUUGAAUAAUUUGCAAAAAUGUUUAAAAAAAAAAAAGAAAAGCAGUUUCACAUUGUCAUCAGGGCUAUAACAUAAGACUGUGGGAAAAAGUAAAGCACUGUGAAUACUUUCCGGUUGUUAUUUAUAAAGCGUUAUGCUCAUUGUACAAAAAAAUAUUCAUCUUUGCAGUAUUAAAGGUAAAUUGGUACGUUUGUGUGAUUUUCAAAAGCUGGUUAAUAUUAUGUAAGAACUUUUAUUUAAUUUUUCUGAAAAUAAUUCUGACAAACACUUGUAAGUUUUGUUCAUCAUUUAUAUUAUUGUAUGUUGUAAUCAUCACUUUUAAACUUAACACUGAAUGUAAUGACGCAUAGUUGUACAUGUCUGUAAAUAUCAACAUACAAUUCAAAUAAACAAGUAACGUGAAGUUC